GUAUUAACGGCGUCUUCUACAACAUGGCGACUGCAACUGAAGAAACCGCAGCAAAUUCUCAGAGCUCAGAAAUCUAACAGCUCACUUCCAGAACUGGAUCCAGAGUUCUUACAGUAAUGUUGAACCGCGGAAACAAAUCGAAGGCAUGGAAUGGGCCUCAAAACCGUUUGGCUGGACUUGUGGUAGUGUCUCUUACAGUUUUUCUUCUCAUUUUCAUAUUGUCAGUUGGCAACAAUGAUCAAAAGCCCAGUUCAUUACUUGAACUUCCAAAAGAAAAGUGGCAUAGCUUUAAGUCACUUUCUCCAACCUUAGAGUUUCGAAAUGGAACUGAUGUAAUAUGGCAAAUACCAGAUUCGCCUAAAGCAGUUCUUUUUCUUGCUCAUGGUUGCAAUGGUAGAGCUGCUCACUUUUGGGACAAGUCUUCUCACUGUCCUAACUGCAUUGGUUUGCCAGAAGAAAGGCUAAUUGCUCUUCAUGCUCUUGCUCGAAAGUUUACUGUCCUUACUAUAUCAAGUGCAGGGAUAUGCUGGACUCUUAGGGAAGAGAUAAUUAUUGUUAAAGACAUUAUCAAAUGGUGGGUUGAGAAGAACAAGCUUGAAAAGCUUCCUCUUGUUGCUAUGGGGGCUUCUUCCGGAGGACACUUUGUUUCUGUGCUUGCCACUGUGUUGAAGUUCACUAGUAUUACAAUUAUGAUUGCUGAAGGGAAGUUUGAUAAAAUGGAUAUAAAAGAGAGCUAUCCCCCUACCCUUUUCAUGCACAUGCCGAAGGAUAUAUUAAGGAAGCAAAAGAUAGAUGAGUAUAUGGAAGUUUUAAGAAAUAAAGGGGUUGAUGUUGCAGAGAUUGAAUGCAAGGAGUUCCCCUUGUCGCCACAUCUCUUAGCUGAUAGAAUCCCAGGUCUUGAUCGGUCUGUUUCUGCUAAGGUAUUUGAACUCUUCCGGCACAAGGGUUUUAUCGAUGAGAAUGGAUAUAUGAAGAAUGAUGGGCGUAGAACACCUUGGAAAGAAGCUGUCAGAGAGAGAGAAAUUAUUUUCCCAGACAAGCAUCUGGCCCAUUACAUUCAGGAGGAGUUAAAUCUGGCAUUUGCAUACCAUGAAAUGACUAGCUUGCACUCUGACAGCAUGUUUAUAUGGUUUGAAUCCCAUAUGAGGUAACUGCUCGUCAAAUUCUCCCUUCCUCUGCCUUGACCAGUUUGGUGGAUCCAGCCCAGAAUCUGAAGUAAUUUAAAUGUAUUCCACUAUCCAUUUUGAGGGAAUGGAUUUGAAAAACACAUAUAGAAUUGUUCUUUUGCAUCAUUCAGAAAUCAAUUGGCUCUCUUUGAAGAAAAAGCUGUAUUGAGCUGGCUGAAGUACUAGAUAAGCUUGAAGGGUACAUGCUCAAGAGUAUAUGAUGGAUGUAAAUCAGAUGUUAGGUAAACUUUCUGUCCCUAAAAAGGAAAGAAUUCAAGUGUAAACCAAUCUUCCUAUUCACAUGAUGUUGAAGUAAGAAAGAAUUACAAAA